CAAAAAAAGUGAUAUCUUCUUGGCUUUACCAGCGAACACAGACAUUAUAGGCCUUUAGACAUCUAGUUUACUAUCUAUAUCAGUGGAUACAGUAUAAACGUAUCAUAAAUUUUAUUUAUUCUGUGAUAUAACUACCUUUAUUCUAUAUAAUUGUUAUCAUAUUUUAUUAUUAUCAAUGACAUCAUAAUGGUCAACGUCAUAUGUAUUUUAUCUUAUCAAAAAAACUUCAAGAUAUUCGUUCAAUGUAAAUGUUACACGAAAUAAGGAGUCAAAUUCAUAAAAGAGCAAUAUUGAAAUAAACCUUCAAUUUUUAUUGGUAUCUUUUUUUUUUUAGAAGAUUUUUCUCAAAAUUUUCAUAUUUUAUAAUCAAAAUGGCUGAGGCUAAAGUUAAUAGUGAAGAUAUUGAAUUGGUAUUUCAACGCUUAAGAGCACUCCCUGGAAAUAAGACGUGUUUUGACUGUGAUGCUAAAAAUCCAACAUGGUCUAGUAUCACCUAUGGUGUAUUCAUCUGUUUAGAUUGUUCAGCUGUUCAUAGAAGUAUGGGUGUUCAUUUAACAUUUGUUAGAUCCACUCAAUUAGAUACAAAUUGGACAUGGUUACAACUUCGGCAAAUGCAAUUAGGUGGAAAUGUAAAUGCUACUUCAUUUUUUAGGCAGCAUAAUUGUGCAUCUAAAGAUGCACAACAAAAGUAUAACUCUCGAGCUGCUCAGUUAUACAGAGAUAAACUAUUUCAAAAUGCUAAACAAGCAAUGAAAAUACAUGGAACUAAAUUAUUUUUAGAUUCAUCACAAAUAUUUGAACCAGUUGAGUCAAAAACUGUUGACUUUUUUGAACAACAUACAUCUGAGGUUACAUCUUUAAAUUCUAAUGAUACUCUAAAUGACAAGUUUGCACCAUUUCCUUCUACAAAAGAUGUUAAUUUAAAGCCUGAAAAUAGCACAGCAAAUUUUGAUGAACCAAAAAUUCUUUCAGAUUCUCAGCAAAAGUCAGUUGAUCAUAAAUCGUUAUUAGGUGGUCGUCAAGCUCAUAGUAAAAGAUCUGGUCUGGGUGGCAAAAGGUUAGGCUUAGGUGCACAGAAAAUUCAUGCUAAUUUUGCUGAAAUCGAAAAAGAAGCAGAAAUGGCAGAUAAAUUAAGAUUUAAUGAUCCAAAAAAAACUGAAUCUGAAGAAAAAAAUAGUGAAAAUCAAGAAACCCAGAUAUCCUCUAUGAGAUUGGCCUAUGAAGAUUUAAGUAUAAAAAAAAAUAAAGAAGAAGAAAAAUUAAAACAAGUUGAUCCAAAAAAAGCCGCCCAACUGGAAAGGCUUGGCAUGGGUUAUACUUCUAAAAAUAUUGUUAGCCAUUCUGCAUUAAAUGACAUGACAACAUUGGACAAAGAAGAGACUAAGAACUCAACAUUGGAUGCUAUCACUAAUGAAGAUAAAUUUUAUGAUUGUUUUGAAGAGGCCAAAGCUGAAGUACUACAAAUGAUAAACAAGAGUCAUCAUUUUUCAAGUGAUAAUUUUUUUGAUUUUGAUGAUUUUAAAAGAAAUGUUAAAACAACUACAACUCCACCAAAAAUUGAUGUUAUUAAAAAUGACUGGGACAAUGUCAAGCCAGCAAAAAAAGAUACCAAAGAAUUAGAAAAUGAUGGUUGGGAUAAUUUUGAGUCAUCUGGAAGAAAAACUAAUAGAUAUAGUAGAAAUAAAGUUAUUAAUCCCCCUCAAAUUGAAAAUAAUGAAGCUGUAAAGAAAUUUGGAGGAGCUAAAUCUAUUUCAUCUGCUCAAUAUUUUGGAAAUAAUCAAGAAUCAUUGUCUGAGAAAUCAAAUUUAUCUCGAUUUGAAGGAAGUAAUAGCAUCUCAUCAGCUCAACUUUUUGGUAGACAAGAAACAUAUGUAGAUUCAUCAUAUCAAGCACCUGAUUUAGAAGAAGUAAAAGAAAGUGUAAAACAAGGAGUAACUAGAGUAGCAGGAAAGUUAUCAUCUUUAGCUAAUGGAGUGAUGUCAUCUUUUCAAGAAAAAUAUGGAGGAUAUUAACAAAAUAUCUAAACAAGAGUUUAUUAUAUUAUGUGGUUAAUAUUCAAUAGUUAAGAUAUUCAAUAUUCAUUGUCAAUAAAUGUAUAUUAAAAUAUAAUAUUUUUUACCUUGAAAUAA